GAUGGCUAAUUUAGAAGCUCUAAAAAUUGCCCAAACUAUUGGCUCAGCUCAACGAAUCAGGCAGAACAACAUCAAUAAUAAUAGAAAGACUAGAAAACGAUCAUCAAGUAAGAGAGCAUCAGGAGGCCGAAAAAGUGCACGUACUACCAAGAGAAGAACCGUAAAGCGAAAGAAGCGGUCAGCUGUUAUGAAAAAGCGAUCUAGAGGACGAAAGGGAACGAGAAAAGUUCGUUCGUCUGCUAGAGGUGGAUGCUAA